AUGACACACACAUUGCCAUGGAUAAUGAUGGUAUACAUGAUACAUUAGGUAUGGAUGAUAUUGCUAUGGAUGAUGACUCUACUGGUGAUGAUGCUGACAUUGUUGAUGAAGAUAUCCUUACUCAGCCAUUUCUGGGAGGGCCAAUUGAUCCAUUAAUCCUUAACAGUUUUAAAAGUCAUGUUGUCGCAGCUAUUUGGAAUGGUGUUAAUGAAAGGGGGCCCUUGAAGUGUCAUAAUCACUCGUCUAAGAUUCGUUCGUGGCUGUGGUGGGAACAAGGCAACAACGUUAUAUUUGUAAACAUUGUGGAGAUGUCAGGACUUGCACACUUAGCUUGUUGCACGUACCGCUUUGUCAACAAAAUUGUAGUGUCUAGUUUUGUUGAGAGAUGGCAACCGGAGACAAACACUUUCCAUUUCACUGUUAGAGAGAUGACUAUCACAUUGGAUGAUGUCGCCACUAUCCUAGGGCUUCCCAUUGUAGGCAAAUCUAUUAGUGUGCUUAAGUUAUUAAAAAGACAGGCCAUUGCAUUAGUAGUUAAUACCUUGGAAAUUGAUGAGCAAGAGGUUAGACAUGAGAUGUCUAGUGUUGGAGACAAUUCAGUGAGGCUUGAGUGGUUGAGGGCACACUUUCAUAAUGUCACAAACAAUGAUUCAAUGGAAAGAAUUGUAUGUGUAGGUAGAGUAUACUUGGGUUGUACACUUUUCAGUAACAAGACUGGUACAAGGGUUCCCUUUGUUUAUUUGAGUUUGUCGUCCGAUUUGACUACCGUAUCUUCAUAUGCUUGGGGUGCUGCUACAUUGGCAUACUUAUAUAGACAGUUGGGGUAUGCUAGCAGGUCCAGCAUGAAACAAAUAGCUGGUUACAUGACACUCCUUGAAAGAUGGAUUUAUCAGCACUUUCGUGGAUUCCAACCACACUUGAAUAUGAAUUACACUCAAGACAUGCCACAUGUUUACCGUUGGACUUCUCAGAGAGAGUCUGGUGAAAAGACACAGUUGCAGGCUUUUCGAGAGGAGCUUGAUAGGUUAUUUGGGACCUAUACCAGAGUUGCAGAGAUGUCCAUUCAUGUCACCCAAUUAAGUUCUACCAUAGUUGCCUAAAGUGUUUGGAAAUAGUUGAACCAUAUCACCUUGAUAGAGUUUUGAGAUAGUUUGGUAGAGUGCAGACAAUCCCUAAUCCACCACUUCGCCCUAUGCGUGCUUCUCGAGGAGCCACAGCUCCACGCUACAAUGUUAUGUGUGCAUACUUGGACAUCAUUUAGGAGGCAUAGGACAACCAUGUGUUAUCUGAUCGGAGGAGGAGUACACCGGUAUGGAAACCUUAGGAUUGUGUUCUUGGUUAUAUGGAUUGGUACCAAACUAUUACCCAUAUAUAUGUUCAAAACCCAGCACGUCAGUCUCAGGUGGAUCCGAAUAUUUAUCAUUAUCAGAAUCCUAGCCAAGAUGCACAGAUAUCCUUUUUUGUAUUUACAUUACAAAUUAUUUAUGUAAACUGUUAUAAGUUUAUAUAUAAUGUUGUAUUUAUUCUUGUAAUGCAGCGUAUGUCAUAGAUAUAUCAGAUUACUCAUCAUUUCGUUGAGGCUGGCUAUGAGGACAGUGUUCAACAUCCUGAUAGGCUUUACUACGCAACUGAUGCAAUUGAAUAGCUUCUUCAAGAUCAGCACAUUAGUGAAGUUACGCCCAGCACAUCCGCUCAAGGUCGGUCUGCACCCAGUUCUUCUAUUGCACAUCGUUUUGGAGCACAUUACACUCAUCGGUCACGUAGUUGAUAGUAGUUCAUAAUGUUAGCACAAGUAGUUUGUGAUGGUGUGGGUGGAUGUAUAAAGAGACAAAUAUUAUUAUUAUCUUUGGAUAACGUACAAGGAGACAUGUAUUUUGUAAUGAUGUGGAUGGAUUGAACUACUAGUUAAUAUUAUUAUUUCUUC